AUGUUUCUGACAUCCACUGGUUUGAUCACCGAAGGAGGAGAUGCGAUCUACGAUAAUGAAGAUCAGGAGAGGCUACGUAACUAUCUCCAAGAGAUCAACGCACGCAAACCCCAAGUAAUAACUAGAUCUCUGGAAAAUGGGUCAAGCAGUGGAAUAUAUGUAGUCGACCAAUAUACAGAACAACAGGUGCUAGUAGCGUUCAAACUGUUCUUGAAGGAUGAGAAUAGGGUUGAACCUGCAAUUCUUGAGGGGUUUCAGAGUUACUUGCAUCUGCUCAUCUAUCCAACCUUCACCACCGAAGCCCCUGGGCUGCAUGAGAAAAGUUUUAAGGCUGUACUACCUUUGAUGAAUGAGAUUAAGCUUUUCGACUGCACGGUCUUUCGGAACAACACUAUGAGUAAUGGUGAUGGCAGCAACGUAAAAAGCACGAUAGGAUAUGCUGUCGUUGUCACUACAACUGCGACAGCCGAGGAUCUCACUCAAGAUCUUUUCGAUUCUCUAAAAACGCUCUCCAACCUCACGAACGGCGAAACUACAAUCCGGGAACCUAUUUUGACUAAGCUUAAUGAAUGCAUCUGGAGGACUACGGAGUUGGUUCAGGCCAUUGUUCAGACUAUCUAG